CGAAACACGUGAAUGGAAGCAAGUGAGUAAAUACGAGGAGCCGUGCGACCGCGGCUGGUUGGAGGAGGAAGCGACCACGAGCGGCGAGCGACCGCGCGGCGCGCAGUCCGACGGAGGUGGUCGACGGAGACGGUGACUCGAACGGUUACUGGGAAUAGAAUCACGAUGAAGGGACAUAUCUUGCUGCUGGCCCUGCUGGUCGCAGCAGUUUGUAUGACGGAGGCAAAGGUUCGUCGUCGUCAUCGGCGGCUGCGCCCCACAACCACCACGGAGCCCUCAAUGUUGGCUCACGCACGGCUCUUCCCCGGCAGAGAGGACACGGAAGCAGAGCAUCUCGAGCUGGGCAUGGCCGAGAGACUUGACGAGAAGAAAUUCCAGGAAUCAGAGAGAGCCCGCAUCAAUGAACUCAUGAAUGAAAUCGCUGAGUCGGAUCAGAACGGGAAUGAAGUUUUCUUAGAUGAUCCGUGUCUGAAAGUGCACUGCAGCGCCGGCCGCGUGUGUGAAAUCAACGAGCACGGGGACGCCGUCUGCAACUGUAUCAAGGAGUGUCCCUACGAGACGGACUCGCGCCGGAAGGUGUGCACUCACCACAACGAGACCUGGUCGUCGGACUGUGAGGUGUACCGCCAGCGUUGUCUGUGUCUGGACAACUCGGAGCUGUGCCGGGGACCGCAGUACCACCACGUUCAGAUCGAGUACUACGGAGCCUGUCGCGAGAUGCCCGAGUGCACCGAGAGCGAGAUGUCGGACUUCCCGCGUCGGAUGCGCGACUGGCUGUUUAACAUCAUGAGGGACAUGGCGGAGAGACGCGAGCUGUCCCCGCACUACCUGAGCAUGGAGCGCGAGGCCGAAAGCAACCUAACUCGCCGCUGGACCAACGCCGCCAUCUGGAAGUGGUGCGACCUGGACGCCCACGACAAUGACCGCUUCGUGUCCGUCCAUGAGCUGUUCCCCAUCCGCGCGCCGCUCAUGGCGCUGGAGCACUGCAUCGCGCCCUUCCUCGACCGCUGCGACGAGGACGACGACCACCGCAUCACGCUGGCCGAGUGGGGCAAGUGUCUACAGCUGGACGAGUACGAGCUGGAGGACCGCUGCGACGAGCUCACCGACGAGAUGUGAACGCGCCCGGACUAAGCCCGGACCAGCCUCGGAGCGCGCUCUGAGGACUAUUAUUUUUAAUUCUUAUUAAGUAGAGUCUAAGAUCGCAAGUUACGACUAAUAAUAAUUUUACAUUAUCUAAUUUUCAUAUGUGACUGUGUAACAUUUCCUCUUUAUUGUAAUAAAUUUAAACUUUAUCGUAGUAAAUGCGAUACUACUUUAAAAAAAAACAGACGUAUCUCAUCUCCGAUCACUGCCAGCAAGCAGGGGGUCUUUAACCCUAGAAGAUAUUAAACAAAUAUCAACAUGUGUGACCAAUAAAUUUACUGUGAUUAUAAACCAAAAAAUGUUUUAUGUGAAAUAAAAGAAUAUCAAAGUA